AUACAUGAACCAUGUAAUAAUAAACUUUAACAGGAGAAGGAAAAGAAAAAAAAAAAUAGGAAAAAGGAAAAAAAAGGAAAGAAGAACAAAUAGUUUUGAUAAUUCCAGAUCUCAGACGGAACCUCUUUCUCAGGUUUUCUAAAUCUUAUAUCUGUUCAAAGUUUUCUCUGUCUCCCUAUUCGUCAUCACCACGCCAAAUCAAUAGCCUUCAGGUUUUGGAAAUUUAAGCUUGGGUGAGAUCCCAGUGAAACGUUUUUGAGGAAAAAGUUUUGAUCUUGAUAUAUAUGAGGUAGGAGGGAGGAAGAAAGAUGAUGGGCCAGAAGUUUUGUGUGAACGAAGAAGACAAGGGUGUGUUAGAGUCUGUGUUGGGUGCAGAGGCUGUUGCGUUUUUCAUUUCAGCACUUUCCAAUAACGUCUUUUCCAGCGUUGUUGCUCCUUCUGUCGGUGCUGAGCCGUCCCACCGACAGAGGUUGUGCCAGCUUGUUGAGGGUUCCAAGUGGAACUAUGCAGUGUUCUGGCAAGUUGCUGGUUUGAAAUCUGGUGGUUCUGCCUUGAUUUGGGGUGAUGGGCAUUGCAGUGAUGCCAAAGGGAAGAGGAGUGGAAUUGGGAAGGAGGAUGAGCAGGAGUUGAGAAAGAUGGUGCUGCAGAAGCUUGAUGCCUGCUUUGGUGGGUAUGUGUCGAAAGAGGCUAAUUAUGCAAGACUGGAUAGGUUGUCUGAUUUGCUCAUGUUUUACUUAUCCUCAAUGUGUUAUAUAUUCGGUUUUGAUUCGCCAUGUGGCCCUGGGAGUUCAUUCAAAUCUGGUAAAUUGAUUUGGACAUCUGAUGCUGCUGGUUGUUUAAAUCAAUUGGAAUCUAGAUCAUUUCUAGGGAAAGUGGCUGGUCUUCAAACUGUUGCUUUUGUUCCUCUGAAAUCUGGGGUGGUGGAGCUUGGUUCGAAUGAAGUGGUGUCUGAAGAGCAGGGUUUUGUGGAGAUGGUCAAGACAGCAUUUGGGGAAUCCAGUCCGGGACAAACUAAGGUGUUUCCGAAGAUUUUUGGGCACGAGCUAAGCCUGGGGGAUACAAAAUCGCAGUCUAUAACCAUUAGUUUCUCCCCAAAGGUGGAAGAUGAUCCUGGUUUUACUUCAGACUCUUUUGAAGUUCAAGCACUGGGGGUGAACCAUGCUUAUGGAAAUUCUUCCAAUGGAACUUUAGGGGACAGUAGUGAAGGGAAGAUGUUCCCUCAAUUGAAUCAAAUGAUGGGGGGGAAUUUUAAUGCUCAAGCAAGGGUUCCUUGUCUGGAUCUCGGUAAUGAAGACACGUCCUCAAUUCAUGCAGAUGAGCGUAAGCCCAGAAAAAGAGGUAGAAAACCUGCCAAUGGGAGAGAGGAACCACUGAAUCAUGUUGAAGCAGAGAGACAAAGACGUGAGAAGCUUAACCAGAGGUUCUACGCCUUAAGAGCUGUUGUCCCCAAUAUAUCUAAAAUGGACAAGGCAUCUUUGCUUGGUGAUGCCAUUACCUUCAUUACUGAUCUCCAGAUGAAGAUCAAAGUAUUGGAAGCUGAGAAGAACAUGAUUAACAACAAGGACCAGAGGUUAUCCUUGCCAGAUAUGGAUUUUCAGGAAAGAGAGGAUGACACAGUUGUGACAGUGAGAUGCCCUUUAGAUACUCACCCUGUUUCUGAUGUUGUUAAAACUUUCAGGGAGCAUCAAAUUGUGGCUCAAGACACUAAUGUUUCUACUACAGAUGAUAAAAUCAUUCAUACAUUCUCCAUAAGAACUGAGGGAGGGGAGGCUGCUGCCAUACAGUUGAAAGAAAAGCUUGAAGCGGCCCUAUCCAAAAAUUGUCCAUGAGAUCAUAUUUACGUAGCAUCUCAAUGAUGCUCUUUAAGUCUUCUUAGAAUUACUCUCUGUUUGUCUUAUAGGCUGACAUAUGAUUGUUCUUAGUGUUAUUUGUUACUUGUAAUCUGUUUUAAAAUGUGUUCACAUCAUCAUCCAUAACCUUAAUUAUGUACCUAAGUUGAUUAGUAGUUGAAUUUCAGUUGAUGGAUAAUCUAAGUUGAACUAUAUUUUCUAUAACCAUGAAUCUAAGUGAAAAAAAAAAUGCCAUAA